AUGGCGGGGGCCAAGGCGGCUGCGGGCGGCUCGGCGGCGCCGCUGCUGCCGUCGCAGGCGGGGGAAGGGAGCUCAGGAGCCGCGGGCGGAGGGGCCACGUCGGCGCAGACGCUGGGGAACGUGGUUGUCUCCAUCGUGGGCACCGGCGUGCUCGGCCUCCCUUACGCCUUCCGCGCCGCCGGGUGGGUCGCGGGCUCCCUCGGCGUCGCCGCCGCCGGCUCCGCCACGCUCUACUGCAUGUUGCUACUCGUGGACUGCAGGGAUAAACUCGAAGAGGAGGAAAGUGAAGAGUGCUCUCAUGGUCACUACACAUAUGGGGAUUUGGGUGACAGGUGCUUCGGGACUAUAGGUCGAUGCUUGACAGAAAUCCUCGUCCUUGUUUCGCAGGCUGGUGGUUCUGUAGCGUACCUAAUAUUCAUUGGCCAAAAUCUGCAUUCCACGUUCAGCCAGUUGAUGUCACCAGCUGGCUUCAUCUUUGCCAUCCUCCUGCCUCUGCAGAUAGCACUCUCCUUCAUCCGUUCACUGUCUUCCCUUUCUCCAUUUAGUAUAUUUGCAGAUGUGUGCAAUGUCCUUGCCAUGGCGAUUGUUAUCAAAGAGGAUCUUCAGCUCUUUGACCAUCCCUUUUCAAAUAGAAGUGCUUUUAAUGGACUUUGGGCAGUACCAUUCACCUUUGGUAUUGCAGUCUUCUGUUUCGAAGGAUUCAGCAUGACCCUUGCACUAGAAGCGUCAAUGGCUGAGCGGAGAAAGUUCCGCUGGGUACUUUCUCAAGCAGUUGCCUCCAUUAUAACCGUGUAUGUCUGUUUUGGAGUGUGUGGGUACUUGGCCUAUGGCGAGGCCACCAAAGACAUCAUAACACUUAAUCUUCGAAACAAUUGGUCGUCUGCUGCAGUUAAGGUUGGCCUAUGCAUUGCGCUGGCAUUCACUUUCCCAGUCAUGAUGCACCCAAUCCAUGAGAUCGUCGAGACAAGAUUCAGAUCCAACGGAUGCUUUCAGAAGCUUUGCCGCAACGUUGGUGGCGCUGAGUGGAUAGGCUUGCACUCAAGCCGCAUUCUUGUGGUGACGGUCCUGACAGUGGUGGCGUCCUACAUCCCUGCCUUUGGGUCCUUCAUCUCAUUUGUCGGGAGCACGAUGUGUGCGCUUCUCUCCUUCGUGCUGCCCGCUCUCUUCCAUCUCAGCAUCGUAGGCUCGUCAAUACCCUUGUGGAGGUGGGUGCUGGACUUCGCCAUCCUUCUCUUUGGUCUGGCUUUUGCCGGAUAUGGUCUUGUCAUUGCUCUCUCCCCGCAUUGA